UAUGUACAAGAAUUAUGCAUGGCCAACCUCGAGCUGCCUCCGAUUUUAAAGCUUUCUUUAUAAUAGUCUCUCCUUUCUGUUACUUCCAUUGAAACUUGAAAUUUUUAUGCUACCAACGCGACAAUUUCGAGUUUUGAUCACAUUGAGCUAUGGUUAAUCCUCAACCCGUGGCGUACGAUGAUAGCAUACCCCCCAACUCCACAGCCGUCGCCAUUGACAAAGACAAGAACAGCCCCCAUGCCGUUCGAUGGGCCAUUGAUCAUCUUGUUAUAAGCAACCCACUUAUCGUCUUGAUCCAUGUUAAGCACAAGCACGGUCAUCAUAAUCAUCAACAUCAGCAUCAACAUCAGAAUUCCAAUGGCACUACUGAUGUUGAUUCUGAUGCUGAAAUGCAUCAGCUUUUCACUCCAUUCCGUGGUUAUUGUGCCAGAAAAGGGGUUCUAUUAAAAGAGGUUGUUCUUGAAGAUCAUGAUGUUCCUAAAGCAAUCCUGGAUUUUGUCUCCAAGAAUGUACUCAACAACAUUGUUGUUGGGGCAUCAACAAGGAAUGCUCUCGCCAGGAAGUUCAAAAGUUAUGAUGUAACAGCUAGUUUGAUGAAAUCCGCUCCGGAUUUCUGUUCCGUGUAUGUAAUUUCCAAAGGGAAGAUAAUCUCAGUGCGGACAGCUCAGCGGCCGGCUGCUAAUACUCCGGCCCCUCCAAGGCAACCGUCCCCCGGAAUUCCACCUCCGUUUCCAUCCGACCGUGAUGCGGAUGAUAGCAACAGGGGACAAGCAGUGAAGGGAAUGUAUAGGGCUUCAUGGGAUAAAAACAACGAACUAAUGAGAGGAGUAUCAAGGGAGAAACAUAGAAGUUCUCCAACAAAUAUGUCACUGGAAAGUAUUGAUUAUCCUCCUCGUGGAUCAAGGAGUUCAACGACCCGUGAUUCUUUCUCCGACAAUUCAGAAUAUUCAGGGCCUGCGGGAUCCAUGGAUAUGUCAGCUCAUAAUCUUGAUUUCUCAAAUGUCAAUCUUAGCCCUGCAAAUCCUGCAAGUUCACGAGACCUCGAGGCGGAGAUGAGAAGACUAAAGCUGGAACUCAAACAGACCAUGGAAUUGUAUAGCUCAGCUUGCAAAGAAGCACUCAAUGCUAAACAGAAGGCUCAAGAGCUUCAUCAAUGGAAACUAGAGGAGGCUCAGAAAUACGAGGAGGCUAGGCUAGCUGAAGAAGCAGCCCUUGUGGUUGCAGAGAUGGAGAAAGCCAAGUGCCAAGCUGCAAUUGAAGCAGCCGAGAAGGCGCAGAAGCUAGCAGAGAUGGAAGCACAGAGAAGAAGACAUGCAGAAAGGAAAGCUCAGAGAGAAGCUGAAGAGAAGAACCGCGCUCUGACUGCUUUGGCGCAUAAUGACAGCAGGUACCGAAGAUACAGCAUCGAAGAGAUCGAGGAAGCUACAUGUAAUUUCGCAGACAAUAUGAAAAUCGGUGAAGGCGGAUAUGGACCUGUGUAUAAAGGCAAACUAGAUCACACCGCAGUUGCCAUCAAAGUUUUAAGACCUGAUGCUGCUCAAGGGAAAAAGCAAUUUCAACAAGAAGUUGAGGUCCUAAGUUGCAUUAGACAUCCAAACAUGGUACUCCUCCUUGGGGCCUGUCCUGAGUAUGGAUGUUUGGUAUAUGAAUAUAUGCACAAUGGGAGCUUAGAAGAUCGAUUGUUGCGAAGAGGAAACAGCCCUCCACUUUCAUGGAGAAAAAGGUUCAAAAUUGCAGCGGAGAUUGCCACUGCCCUUCUCUUUCUUCACCAAGCAAAGCCAGAGCCGCUUGUGCAUAGGGACCUGAAGCCAGCUAACAUCCUCUUAGACAGAAAUUAUGUAAGCAAAAUUAGUGAUGUUGGGCUUGCAAGGCUAGUUCCACCUGCGGUUGCUGAUAGUGUCACACAAUAUCACAUGACUUCAGCUGCUGGAACAUUCUGUUACAUAGAUCCGGAGUAUCAACAGACCGGAAUGUUGACUACUAGAUCAGAUAUAUAUUCACUGGGGAUAAUGCUGCUUCAAAUUAUUACGGCGAAGCCUCCAAUGGGUAUAGCUCAUCAUGUUGGGAGAGCCAUUGAGAAAGGAACUUUUAAAGAGAUGCUCGAUCAUGAAGUGCCUGAUUGGCCUAUUGAAGAGGCUCUAAGUUUUGCAAAAUUGGCUAUAAGUUGUGCAGAGCUGAGGAAGAAGGACAGGCCUGACCUUGGGACAGUUAUAGUACCGGAACUUAAUCGGUUGUGUGAGGUUGGAAAGAAGGUUGAAACACACUAAAUUAGUAUAUAUAACCACCACCAUGGACACAGCAGUGGCCAUGGUUGCACUCUGCGCCAAGGUCACAUCCGACCUCAUGCAAUACGAGCCAGUUGACAGAUUUAACUGAGCCUUAGACUUAGACAACACUUAUUCGAGAAUUUCUAAUACAACAUUGAUGUAUAGUAGAAAUUAAUGUAUAUUUUCUGUCUCCUUUUCCUGUCAGUGCUUGUAAAAAUUUGCUUCUACAAAACUUCUGCUCUCUUUGUUCCCGCUGCAUGGAUUGUUGUUAUUCCUUUGAUUAUCAAAA